CCCUCCAGCACAGCGUCCGAGGCCAUCCCUCCGUCCUCGCCUAGCCCGCACAACCGCCCAUCGGCGAGCACGGCGCGUCCGUACCGGGUCUUGGCCCGUUCCAUCAUUCUCAUCUCAGGAGUCCUAUGGAACUCCCCACAUCGCCGGUGCACGGGUACAGCGAACACACUAGCCGCCCCUGGUCCCCUCACGGCCGACCGUCGCUGAACACCUCGGGUCUCCCCCACCCCUCAUCCGCCCCAUCUGUCGAGACCAGCCCACACCUGUCCUCGGUCUCUCACUCAGCUCACGCUUCCCCCUGGGUCCCGCAUAUCUCUCUCUCCGCCACUAAUCACCCGCCACCACCACACAUGUUGCAGCAUCCCAUCCCCCCGCCGCCUCAUCCUGGCGAUACUUCGGCGCAGCACAGCUCCGUAGCGAACAUGCCCAAUCACGACUGGGGAAACAUGUUCUCUGCACCUCUCGAUCCGUCUACAUUCCACGCCCUCGCGGCAUCAGGCGUCCUACCGCCCCCCAAUGCCGGUAUGCCUUCCAGCCUUCCUGCGCGCUCUGUACGCUCGCCGAAUGAAUUUUCGGCUAAUGUUCGCAUCCCGCCUCUCAAUACGAAGGACAUUGGCCGGCCUGGCGCCGGUCAAGGUUUGUCAGGGCACUGGUCGAAUGCGCCAUCUCCGUACUCUUCCACGCCCUCGACGUCUCAGAGAGCUUCACCACUACAUUUCAGGCCAGGGUCGGGCAGCCAACCCUAUGGCAAGCGCAGAUCUCCCGUAAACGGUCUGCCUCAGUAUGGACCCAUCGCUAUGCCUCCGUCGGGCUCUUCGAUGGCAAACGCGCUCCCAUAUGACAAUCACAGGACACUCGACGGCCGUGAUGGCGGGCCUCACAGCCGGCGUAGCUCCCUCAGCCAUCAACUCAACGGUCCCGGUCUUCCUGGCCCGAGGGAUCACUACGACGUUCCGCUCGGCCCCAUGAACGACGGACACCUCGAUUCGUUCUCCGCGUCUUUCCCGUCCACACUUUCGUCGCUCGACUUCGGCAGCAUGCACCACUCGAGUGAGCGCUCUAAUCCCUCGCUCCCUCCCUCGCUCUGGAUGUCCCCCGCAUCAGUGCCCUCGUCCCUGUCUUCGUCCUCUCUGCACGUCACGGGCCCCUCCUACCCAUCGCUCACCCAGAUCACCGUCCCGCGGCAUGGAUCACUGUCGGACUCCCUUGGCGGCUCUACGCAGAGUCCGACCAGCCUCUCGUUCUACGGCGACUCUGCCAAGUCGUCAACACCGACGUCAGCGAGCAGUCCGAAGGCGAAGAUGCUAUCAGACUUGUUCGCCGACGAUUUCUUCCCACGCGCAUCCCCACUUGAGACCGCACGUCCGCAGAAUUUCCCGUCUCCUCGCCUGUCUGGCUCGCCAGACCUGCAGGCGGCAGAGCUCGCCGCUGGAGACGCGGAUCCUGAAAUGCUGCAGAGGGAGGAUCCGCUAGCGACCCAAGUUUGGAAGAUGUACGCGCGCACGAAGGCGACGCUUCCCCACGCACAGCGGAUGGAGAACAUCACUUGGAGAAUGAUGGCGCUAGCGUUGAAGAAGAAGAAAGAGGACGAGGAGAGAAUAGCGCGGGGAGAGGCGCCGCGGAACGAGGGAAUUAACGUGGACGGCAGCAACGUGGACACAGGCAGGCUUCAAGAGGAGGCUGAAGAACGAGGGCGAUCCAUUGACAAGGGCAAGGCGCGAGUCAAGGUCGUCGGUUUUGAUGGCGCCAACCAGGAUGACACUGACGAUAAUGACGACGUUGUGCCUAUGGACUGGCGAGCAAUGAGCAGGUCCCGCUCCCGAGUGCCCAUGGACUGGAGGCCUGCCAGUCGGUCGCGGUCACGACCGCCGAUGAUGGGCAUCCAGUCGACCGAUCAGAACGCUAUCAAGUUCCCGUCUGGGCACUCUCCCAAGGGCUCUUCAAUCCCGAUUCCCGGCGCCUCUUCAUCGCGCCCAGGUAUCUCAGCGGUGCUGGAAGCUCCUGAACCUGACCUCAACCACUCGUACUCGGGUGGCAACACCUCGCCGGCGCAUCCGUCCUCGCUCCCGGCGAGUGGCUUGCUGUCGCGAAUGUCUGCGUCAGCUGCUGCGUCCCCGGAGCACCGUGCAUUCCCGAAGCACGUGCGCAAGACGAGCUUUGACCAUACCGUCGCGCGAGAAGGCAUCUUCAGCGGGGUAAGUGGUCGCCAUCAGGUCAAUGGAAAGCCACUGUCCCCUGAAUCGCUUCUUGGCUCGAAGCGCCGCGCAGAAGGGCCCCAUGCAGAGAGCAUGCUUCGCGGCGACCAGGUCACCGUGCUCCCACAUGCGGAUCGCAUCGACGCACCUGAGCCUGAACUGUUCCGGCGCAAUAGCCCUCCGUUCCCUGCGUCUUCGUUCAGUUUCAACUUCCCUUCCUCAUAUGAUACCACCUAUGAUAUGUUUGGCUCAACGAAUACCCUCCCGCACCCAAAUAUCUCCACCUCUCUGCCGCCACUCAAGGACAUCCGCUCUCCCGACCUGUCCUUCCACGAUCCCCUGCGUGCGCCGAUCCCUGGUGGUUUCUCACCUACCGUCGGUCCGGGUGGCGAAGGUCUGUCCGCGCCUGCGCUUGCCGCCUCCCACGCUGUGGCGGAGGGCUUCGCCCAAUUAAACCCCGCCAACUUCGGUGCUAUCGAAGACUCGUCUCUUGAUUACAACCACCUUGCAGGCAUGAUGUACCCUGGCCUUGAUACCGGCCUCGCCGUCGGUCCCUACACCCACGUCGAUCCUCACCAGAUCCUGCCUCUUGACACGGAUGGCGGUUUCCAGAGCUUCCAUCCUAGUCCAUCGAGUGAUGGCUGGGGCAAUGGCGUGAACUCGAGCUCGAAUGCCUCUCCGGAGCCCUACAAUCAUUCGAAUGCGUCGACGCCGCCGUCCACAGAUAAUCAGGGUCAGCGCAACCAGCCGCGGAGAAUCGCCUCGUCCAAGCGUGUACAGGAUGCAGCACGUAGCGGUAACAGGAAGAAUAGUCCUGAGGUCGGACGCAGUGGAAACGGCGAAGAGGAAUCGAACCCCACUGUGUGCACCAACUGCCAGACAACGAAUACCCCGUUGUGGAGGAGGGAUCCUGAGGGUCAGCCGCUCUGCAACGCGUGCGGUCUAUUCUUUAAACUGCAUGGCGUGGUGAGGCCGUUAUCGCUGAAGACAGACGUGAUUAAGAAGCGGAACCGCGCUUCGGGCACGCCCCAUGGCGCGUCGCGCAAGGGCUCUGCUGGGCUGCCGAAGAUCAGCUCUACUGCGAGUCGCCCGCGCGCUGCGACCACGAGUUCGAUGCCCACGGGCCUGCAUGGCUCUCGCAUGUCGCCCACGGCCCGCGUGACUGCUGGCAUUGGGAACAACAUGUCUAUGAAGCGGCAGAGACGGACUUCCACGAGCGUGACAAUGCAGACGUCGUCUGGUCGCAAGCCAGGCGAUGAGGGCAUUGGUGCGUAGUACUGUAUCAUGAUGUGUUGGAAGUCGUCUCUCCGCUGUCCUCUCUUUCACCUCUGACGUCGUGUGAUUGCCUACUAUGCUUGUAUCCUCUGCUUAGAUCUUGUAGCAGUUCGCUCGAGUUCUGGAUGCCUUUGGUUAUCCGUCGUCUAACGUGUUCUGUUGUUACGAGGGUAUGUCAACGUGUGUACGAUCGCCAGUAGAGUCCAUAGAUUAUUGUUCCAACAGAGCUCGACAACCCGGAUCCUGUCUUGUGCAAUCGACGAAACAUGUAUUGCCUAACAUCGCUCUCUUGCUGUGUACAUAUAUGCUUUGAGUUCGGCUUCACUGUAUAAGUAUCAGAGUACCCCUUGCCUUGAUCGUUUUCACUGUCGGCCCUUGAGGAACUACAGCCGGAUGCUCGACCGA